UGAUGCCUUCAGCAUGAUGCCCUCAGUUUGUGAGAUGUAGUAAUUUUAGACUAGUAUAUUAUGGAAAUCUUCUUUUGUAUAUUGUUUGGGUUCUUUCUAUUUUUUCAUCCCCUAGGAGGGGGAUGUCCUUCUUGGAUACAAUAGUCAAAGAAAUGAUAAUGAAUCUUUGAUUGACUCAGCAGUCCAGUUCUGAAUGUUAACAAAGACCAUAUGAACCAACCAUCGUCUUACAAUCCUCAACCUCGGACAGCCAAGUGGCAUGGGGGUCCUUAACUCCAAAACCUCCUUCUUGGCUUUCCACCUGGGCCUCAUUGCUGGCUUCCUCAGCACCUUCUACCUCGUGGGCAACCUAAUCUGGGAAGGGGCCCCACGCCCUGACACCCAGCCACCUCAUGCUUCCAAGGAUCCCCAGUGGAUUGUGGAAAGAUCUGCUCUCUUCAGUGUAUCACACCCACAUCUGGCAGAUGAGGAGAGCAGUGUGGCAGACAUGCUGUACAACAAGGUCCGGAUCUUGUGUUGGGUGAUGACAGGCCCCAAAAACCUGGAGACCAAGGCCCACCAUGUCAAGGCCACCUGGUCCCGUCACUGCAACGUGGUGCUUUUCAUGAGCUCAGAAAAAGAUGACAACUUCCCCACUGUUGGUUUGGAUACCAAGGAAGGCCGUGACCAGCUCUACUGGAAGACCAUCAGGGCUUUCCAUUAUGUGCACCAGCACCACCUGGAACAGGCAGACUGGUUCCUCAAGGCAGAUGACGACACCUUUGUGGUGGUGGACAACCUCCGGUGGCUGCUUUCCAACUACACCCCUGAUAGACCCAUCUAUUUUGGCAAGCGCUUCCGGCCUUUUGCUAAACAAGGCUACAUGAGUGGAGGGGCUGGCUAUGUUCUCAGCAAAGAGGCUCUGCAGCGCUUUGUGGCUGGAUUUGAAUCCAAAGUGUGCAGCCACACUACCUCAGUGGAGGACCUUGCUCUGGGACAGUGCAUGGAGAAGAUGGGUGUGGAGGCUGGAGACUCCCGGGACUCUGAGGGGCGGGAGACCUUCCAUCCUUUUGUGCCAGAAUCCCAUCUGACAGAUAAGUUCUCCAAAAGCUUUUGGUACUGGAACUAUUGCUACUACCCUAUUGUGGAGGGUCCUCAGUGUUGCUCUGAUCUGGCUGUCUCCUUCCACUAUGUAAACCCAGAAUUGAUGUACACACUGGAAUAUUUGACCUACCACCUGCGUGCCUAUGGUUACCGCUACCGCUACAACCCACCUCUGUCGGAGAAUGCAGCUCACCUCAAGUCCCACCCAGCAAGAAAGCCCCCAGAGAGGGCCAACAGCACCAUCCUGCAGGUGGAAAAGAAGUUGUAGCGAUGGACACCUGGCACAUGACUCUUAAGAUUCAGUUCAGCCACCAUGUGCUACCUGUACUAUACCAGUGCCUCAAUUCCAGUGCUCCUUAAAAGGCAGCCCACUCCUAGAGAUGGAAGGGAACAAGGAGCUGAAUAGGGGAAAGAGACACUUAGAGCUCUGCUCGUAAUAGAUACCUAUUAGAAAGUGACUUGCACAUCACCAAAUGAAUGUGGCAUAAACCUGUGUGACUGUAGACUGAGGAAGCAGAAAUGCCUUAGUCACCUACAUUUUGCCACAGAACAAGGAAUAGGCAGUAUCCUAGCUAGAUAUGGGUAUUAUUGCAGUGGGAGGGCCAUACAGCCUUCACUCCAAGGAAGAAAAGAGGAACACAGACCAGUUGUAACCUUUCAAGCUGAGUUGGCCUUACAAGAUGAGAGAGCUAGUGUGACGUAGUGGUUUGAGUGUUGGACUAUGACUCUGGAGACCAGGAUUUGAGUGCUCAAAUGACUAUGAAAGCCACUGGAAGAUCUUGUCAAGUCACACUCUCUCAGCCUUAAAGGAAGGCAAAGGAAAAUAUCCUCUGGACAAAUCUUGCCAAGGAAACCCUGUGAUAAAUUUGUCUUAGGGUCACCAUAAGUCAGAAAUGUCUUCAAGGCACACAGUAGCAACAAGAAUAAUUACAAAAUGAAUUGCCUUUUGGAACGGGCUAUUGCCACUUGUUCCCUGCAUUCAUUGGUAUAGUUCCGUGGCUGCUUUUUGUUAGGCCAUCUGCCUUUUUCAUAAUUGGGUAUUGGGCUCAUGGUAUUCCAGAUAGAAGAUGCCUAUGCAAUCCACAGAGUGGAGCCUUUAGACCUGUAGUCAGUAUUGCUCUCAUAGAAUCAUAGAAUAGUAGAGUUGGAAGAGACCUCAUGGGCCAUCCAGUCCAACCCCCUGCCAAGAAGCAGGAAAUCGCAUUCAGAGCACCCCCAACAGAUGGCUAUCGAGCCUCUGCUUAAAAGCCUCCAAGGAAGGAGCCUCCACCACAGCCCGGGGGAGAGAGUUCCACUGUCGAACAGCCCUCACAGUGAGGAAGUUCUUCCUGAUGUUCAGGUGGAAUCUCCUUUCCUGUAGUUUGAAGCCAUUGUUCCGUGUCCUAGUCUGCAGGGCAACAGAAAACAAGCUUGCUCCCUCCUCCCUAUGACUUCCCUUCACGUAUUUGUACAUGGCUAUCAUGUCUCCUCUCAGCCUUCUCUUCUGCAGGCUAAACAUGCCAAGCUCUUUAAGCCGCCCCUCAUAGGGCUUGUUCUCCAGACCCUUAAUCAUUUUAGUCGCCCUCCUCUGGACGCUUUCCAGCUUGUCAACAUCUCCCUUCAACUGUGGUGCCCAGAAUUGGACGCAGUAUUCCAGGUGUGGUCUGACCAAGGCAGAAUAGAGGGGGAGCAUGACUUCCCUGGAUCUAGACGCUAUACCCCUAUUGAUGCAGGCCAGAAUCCCGUUGGCUUUUUUAGCUGCUGCAUCACAUUGUUGGCUCAUGUUUAACUUGUUGUCCACGAGGACUCCAAGGUCUUUUUCGCACACACUGCUGUCAAGCCAGGCGUCCCCCAUUCUGUAUCUUUGAUUUCCAUUUUUUCUGCCGAAAUGAAGUAUCUUGCAUUUGUCCCUGUUGAACUUCAUUAUGUUAGUUUCGGCCCAUCUCUCUAGUCUGUCAAGAUCGUUUUGAAUUCUGCUCCUGUCUUCUGGAGUGUUAGCUAUCCCUCCCAGUUUUGUGUCGUCUGCAAACUUGAUGAUCGUGCCUUCUAACCCUUCGUCUAAGUUGUUAAUAAAGAUGUCGAACAGAACCGGGCCCAGGACGGAGCCCUGCGGCACUCCACUUGUCACUUCUUUCCAUGAUGAAGAUGACUCAUUGGUGAGCACCCUUUGGGUUCGUUCGCUUAGCCAAUUGCAGAUCCACCUAACCGUAGUUUUGUCUAGCCCACAUUUAACUAGUUUGUUUGCCAGAAGGUCGUGGGGAACUUUGUCGAAGGCCUUACUGAAAUCUCUUUAUUGUAAGACUGCAUCUCCAGUCAGCCCUUACCAAGAAUGGUUGAAAUUGCAAUUGCAAUUUAACAGUAUCAGGAGAGCUAUAAGUUGUUUAUACUUGCUUUAGAUGACUGGUUUUCAGUUGCUGGAAUGGAAUAACAGUGGGGGCAUAUCACUCAGCUCAAUUCAGAAUUAGCACCAGGAAUCCAGGCCACAUUGUUAUUUUGAAAUUAAUUCCCCCAUCCACCCCUUUCCGCUGCCAAUAAUGUAACUGGAAACAUGGCAAUGUCCAAAUGUCUCCCAGAGUCAAAGAUCAUACAUCUUUCUCCCUCUAUCCUUGCUUCUUUGACACUAGGAAAAUGUUUUUCUCUCUCUCUCAAGGCAUUUGAGCUUGGAAACUGCACAUUCCAAGUAUCUCUGGGAUGUACACUUUCUGAGGUUCCUACUAUUUCAACUAUAGUUUUCAUGUGAAAAUGUCAUUUUCUAGUUCUCCAUGGCCUCUUAUUUUGUCACUGUAGGGUAAAGGAUGCAAUGGGAAAAAAAAUAGAUUAGGGCACACCUAUCUGCCAACUGCCACUAUUUGACCACUAAUACUCUCUCAUACUAUUUUCAGGUUUUUUUUUAAAUGUCUCAGGCCCCAUCUACACUGCUGUAUUAAUGCAGUUUCAGAAUGCAGUUUGACUACUUUGAAUUGUAUUACAUGGCAGUAAAGUCUUAUAACCAAGUUCAAUGCUGUUAAACUGCAUUCUGAAACUGCAUUAUAUGGCAGUACGGGUGGAGCCCCAGUUUCUUUUUCUUCCUCUCCCUUUGUCAUCAACUUACUUCAAUAGCUGCAAACGGAGUUCAGAGUGCAAAAGAGAAAGAGGAGGGGAGAAGCAAAAUCAUUCCCUGUAAACUCAGGCCAAAGCAAACAGCUACGUACACCUCCUAGCUUAUAUGUUCUUCCUCAAUAAUACCUUUGGUCAACUUGACCUCACUCUGAUAUUGCUGGGCCACAUGUGCCCCAAUUCCCAUCCGUGAAAGGAGUGGAGAAGUUUAGAUUUGCAGCAGCUCAGAUUAGAUGCUGAGUCAAGGACUCUCUUCAUAAUAAAAGUUGACAACAUAGAUGGAAGUAGGACAUAAUGGAACAGCAAGAACGAAGACUGGCACCUUCACAGGGAAAUCUCAACCCAAAGUUACAUCCUGUUAUGCAAGUUACAUUCUGAUCCUCUGAUUUGGAAUUUUCUUUGCCUAUGGAAAGAGUGAGAAAGAGAGGGAAACAAUUGGAUCUCUUGUGGGAGUUCUAGUUGGACUCUGAAAAGGUUGAGGAUCUCCACAUGGGAAUUGAGAUGCUGUUAUAUAAUAGGAAUAUUGUCAUUAGGAAAUGGGUUUUCCUGCCAAUAUUCAUGGUUUUGCCCAUAAUAACCUGUGAUGGGGCCAAUUUAUGGUCUCCAUAAACUAAAUAACUUGAAGGCACAUACCAACAUGAAUGGAUCAAUCCAGAUCAGAGAUAGUCAUGAUUGACAUGCCUUUAAUACAGAUACAAUCCUUUGAUAGAUGCACUCUUGAGAAAUUAGUCUCUGUCUAGAUGUUCUCUGCCAUAUAAUCUAGUUCAAAACAGAUAAUCUGGAUUCAUAAAUUGGAUUAUAUGGCAGUGUAGAUGGGGUCUCCAUUGAAAUGUGAAGUAUUUAGCAGUCUUUCUAGUACUCUUUCGCCUGUGUAGCAAGAAACUAGACAGAUAGCCGGUUACUGAGCUGUUUUGUUUCUACUCUUACAUUAUUUCCCUGGUAUGUCUGGCACUGAGCUUUCUUAGCCCCCUGAUAGUUCAUUCUUUGAAGAAAGAGAGAUCAGGACCUUAAACAUCUGGCUUUUCUCUACACUGUGCCUUUUUGACCUAAUGCCUUGGAGACUUGGGGGAUGUCAUUUAUUUAGGGCAUCUUAUGCUUCUUUCUUCAGUGGACUUCCACUGGGGUAUGCUUCUGGUUUUUCAUGGGAAACAGUUGCUUCUAUUGAAAUGGCAAUUAUGCUGGUGUCAUAUGCAGGAAUCAAGAGCAGGAAGAAAGGGGACUGGAUUGGUACUUCUUAAAUGUUUUCUUAAAGCUCAUGAUCAUAUUUUUCAAACAAAUGAUGACAAAGUUUAUGAUUGCCCAAUAUAUGUCCUUUAUAGUCCUAUGACAGGGUCAGUAAAGCAUUCAUUUCCCCUCCAUUCUCGACAGAUGGGUGUCAGAACACACACAAAGACAUCCCAACCAAGCUGAUCAACUAUUUAGAUUUGUAGCAUUGCAGGAUAUUUCGAGGAGUAAAAUUAUUGACUCAGUAGUUAUGAUACCAGUCUGGCGGUGCUCCUCCCAAAGGCCAUGCAAAUUGGGGCACAGGGAAAUUACAUCCAUGGUGUGCUGCUCACGGUGUGAGAAAGGAAAAAUUUGAAAUUCUCUAUUGUGGUAUGUAAGAGCAACACAACUGAAGAGUUAUGUCCAUAAUGUUUCAUUGUAUUUUUCUGGAAUUGAAUGCUAACAUUCAGUAUUUGUUGUAAAUACAUUUUUCAAAAAUUGACUUGAUAAAAAAAUUAUCUCAAAAAUGUUUUCAGAGUUUAAAUUUUGAGUUCAGUUUGCAAGUGAACUAAGUUGCAGUGCAUGCAACACAGCUGGCUGAAAUGGCCUUCCCUUGGCCCUCUUGUUCUCAGAUGCCAUAAGAAAUUAUAUACAGUCAGGGGACACUUUUGAAAAAGUGUGAACCAUUUAUGUAAUUAUAUGAUCAGAACCCUUCUGUUCAUAUGAGGCAAAUCCUGGGCCCAGUCCAUUCUUUCUGCUACAGUUAGACCUUCAGCACUGUUCUCUGACAGAAAAUGUUUAGAAAAUGUUAAGAUCUUCAUAUUUUAUUAGCCAAAUAAGAUUGUGAGAGAACAUACAGCACAUCUUAGAAGUUAAAAGUUUUAUUCCAAAACUAUACACCAACACAGAAAAGCUACAUGCUAUAGCUAUGUUGUGUCAUUUCUGAUUUAAGUUCACAAAGGGUUUUCAUGGUAGGGAUUUGAACCCUGGUCUCUAAAGCCAUUGGCUGAUGCUCAAAUUAUAUAAUGCUGGCUGUCAUAUUGAUAAGUCCUGUCAAUUAAAGUAAUGUCCAUUAAUUUUAAAUGUAAUGACUUUUUUGGCCUUUGGUAAAGAAUAAAUGCGCACUAGAGCCAAAGAUCGGAGCCAAAGUACUCCACAGGCACAAAUCUCAUCUGAUCUUGUAACAAAGCAGAUUUUAUCUUGGUUAGUACUUGGAUGGGAGACCACCAACAAAUACCAGGUGUUGUAGACUAUAUUUCAGAGGGAGGAACUGGCAAAACCAAAUCUUGGUAUUCCUUGCUUAAGAAAACAGGAGUCUCAACAGGAGACUUGAAAACAUAUACACAGACAUUGAUUAUAUGCGGCUAGGAAAAAAACAUGUGCUGUUAACGGGAAAUUUAUUUGUAAAUGCUGUGCUGCAGUAAUCUUACAUGUGUAACCACACUGUUAAAUGAGACUAAGUCCUACUUAAGACUGACAACAGCCUUAAAUUGGGCCAGAGAUAAUUCAGCUUUGAGCAUUUUUACAGAACAGUUGUGUCAUGGAGUAACAUGCUUAUUGUUCUUGCUGAAAUCAAUCGAAUUUUAAGAUGUUUGAUUUAGGCUGGAUUGCACCUGGGUCCUUUUUCUGGUUUUUUUUUCAUGUCAGGAGCGAGUUGAGAAACUGCAAGUCACUUUUGGUAUGAGAGGAUUGGCCAUCUGCAAGGACAUUGCCCAGGGGAUGCCCAGAUGUUUUACCAUCCUGUGGGAGGCUUCUCUCAUGUCCCCACAUGGGGAGCUGGAGCUGACAGACAGGAGCUCACUCCGCUCCCCGGAUUCAAACUGCCGACAUUUUGGUCAGCAGUCCUGCCGGCAAAAGGGUUUAACCCGUUGUGCCAUCAGGGGCUCCUUUUUUCUGAUUGGAAAAUAGAUAAUUAUGAGGUGUAGAUGUAGUAAUUGUUGAUACGAGUGAAAGAAGUCUGCCUCCAAUAUUAAGGUGAUUUCACCUGUUUGGAAAAAAGAUCCUUUUUCAGGUUGACAAACUAUGAACCAGUUCUUUCCUAAUUUUUUAAAAAAAUCUGAUGUUUGUUUUCCCUUAAAAUGCUAUCCUAGAGAAGUUAACUGUCAACCAACAAAAUUAAUACAGACAAAACAAAGUCAACAAAGAUGUUUUUAUUUGGAAUAGGUAAAAAGCAUUCUACCUUGAGUGCAGGGGUGAAGGGUUUGGGGGAAACAGAAAUGAUGUAGAAAAUGACUGAUAUUGGGAAUGGUUAGGGGAAAGAAUUGAGAAAAGGGGAGCAUGAGAUCAUGGGCUAAAUUAAAGUUUUACAAAUGUUAUUUUACAUAUUAAAAAUAAGAGAUUGUUCUUUUUUCUAGGUAACAACAAUCUGCUCUUCUUUUUACUCCACACUUCCAACACUCUACCUUCCUGCCUCUCUUCUUGGUUCAAAAUUUAAAAAGUAAUAGAAUAGAAAUAAAAAGUGGAGGGGGGGGGGGGGGAGAAAGGAAAAAUGAUGAGAAGUGUUGUUUAUUUAAUUCACACCAAACUUGCUGUAUUGGUUCCAGAAUUAUAAAACAAUUUAUGUGCUUCUUUUAUUAGACCAGUAAGGAGCCGCAGUGGCGCAGUGGGUUAAAACCCGUGUGCCGGCUUAACUGCUGAUCUGAAUGUUGGUGGUUUGAAUUUGUGAGAUGGGGUGAGCUUUCGUCUUGUCGGCCCCAGCUUCCCAUGUGGGGACACGAGAGAACCAUCCCAGCAGGAUGGCAACAUAUCUGGGUGUCCCCUGGGCAACGUUUUUGUAGACGGCCAAUUCUUGCAGUAUGUUCUCAAUUCGCUUCUGACAUGAUUUUUUGUAAAUUAGACUAGCAGAACUCUAUGUGUCAAAAGCUUACUUAUUAUGGUCACAGUCUAACAAAAUUACAUCACAUUUUUAAAAAAUGUACAGCAAUUAAAGUAACUUUGGAGAUGCUUAUAAAAAAAAUGAUGGUAAAACUGGCCAUCUAUCAAGAUUAAAUCAGGAAGGGAGCUGAGGGCAGGAAAAAAUGUCUUAGCACCACUGUGACUGCAGGAGGGCAAUGUUUCCCCAACCUGUGUCUCAGCUUUUAUUUUUGGUUUGUUUUUUGCGUUGUUGUUUUUUCUUUCAGUGUGAGGUAGCUUUAAAACCAGGGAAGUUUGAAAGUUUACCCUAUGGCUUCAUUUAUGGGAAGGGAGAGAAAAGGAAGAGACGACAAAGGAGAUGGGAGAAGACUCGGUAGAAUUCAGUACGGUGGACAGAAGCAAAAUAAUAACAAAGAUCAGAUCAACUUGUACUUUCCAACGAAGGUUUUUAUAUCAACGGAUGUUAAAAAAUACAAACUUGUUUUACAAUAAUAGCACCAUCUUUAGUAUUAUACACAGUAAUCUUGCUUGAGAUACACACCCAGGCUGGGGAAGAAUUGGCUACAACCUUGUAUUUGGGACGUCAGCAUCAUGGGGGAGAAGAAAGGGACCCUUCAUGCAUUCCAGUUAGCUUCCUACCUCCAUCUGACCCAAGAAAGGCCUUGCAGGAAGACAAUAAAUAAAUAAUAUCAUUAUUUGUUGUUCCUUUUUGUUUCUUCUGCUUGUUUUGCAGUCUGCCCGCAUGAUGGCGGCCUCAGAUAGUGAGAGAAAGAGAGAGACCAAAAUGUAAGCGUAAGGACAGAUGUGGAAUUUUGGAAAAGGGACAGGAUUUUUUUUCCGACUGUUCAGUGCAGAAAGUCCUACAAGUGAUUGGGAAGUAUGUGGGUCCUUGGGUUGGUUUCAUAUGGUACUGGACUGGUUUUUUAAAAAUAUU